GGGAGUGGCUUUUCAUUAUGAACUUAAGAAGCUGCAUCUGUGAAAGCAGUGCAGUUGGACUGCUGGUUAAAGUGGUUUUCUAGAGAUGGAUACACUCAGGAGAGUUUUUGGCAAAAGCUGGUCAUCUAAUGUGAGACUGGAUGGGAAAACAGCGAUUGUGACAGGAGCCAACACUGGCAUUGGGAAAGAGACUGCAAGGGACCUGGCCAAGAGAGGAGCGCGUGUGAUACUGGCUUGCCGGGACAUGAUGAAGGCUGAGCAGGCAGUCAGAGAGAUUGUCAGAGACACUGGGGUUGUUGGUGUUAUUCCCUGCCAACUUGAUCUCGCAGACACCAAGUCAAUUUGUGAGUUUGCAGAGCACAUCUAUAACUCAGAAACUUCAUUGCACUUUCUCAUCAAUAAUGCUGGUGUAGCAAUCUGUCCAUACUCAACAACUGCAGAUGGAUAUGAGACGCAGUUUGGAGUCAACCACCUCGGCCAUUUCUUCCUCACCUUCCUGCUGCUGGACCUGCUGAAGCACUCCGCGCCCUCCAGGGUGAUCAACCUCUCCUCACUGACACACACAAUGGGCAGGAUCCACUUCGAAGACCUGAACAGUGAGAUGAGCUACCACCCGGUCAAGGCCUAUGUACAGAGCAAGCUGGCCAAUGUCCUGUUUACCCGAGAGCUGGCCAAGAAGCUGGAAGGCACGGGAGUGACGGUAUAUGCUGUAGACCCAGGCGUAGUCAACAGUGAUGUGACCAGGCACAUGCACAGCUCCAUUCAGAUGUUUGUGAAGGCUUUCAGUUUCCUCAUCAGAACCCCAGCCGAGGGUGCCUACACCACUCUGUACUGCACACUGACUCCAGACCUCAAGUCUGGGGGCUACUACAGUAACUGUGCCCAGACGACCUGUUCCAGAGCUGGCAGGGAUGACCGCACAGCCCGCAUUCUGUGGAUGGUCAGCUGCCAAAUGCUGGGGAUCCGCUGGAGAUAAGCAGCUUCCUCAGGGAAGGGCUGACUCCGGUGGUCUACAUGUGCAUAGGCCUCUCCUCCUUCAUACAGCCUGCACUGUGACAUAUUAUAUGAUCUUAA